AUGCCACCAAAGGAGCGUGCAGCACUUCCACCCGGUGACGCAGUGCGUGGGGAGAAACUUUUUAAGGGCCGGGCGGCGCAGUGCCACACGGGUACAAAAGGCGGUUCCAACGGUGUUGGGCCUAAUUUAUAUGGAAUUGUUGGCCGUAAAUCCGGAACUGUUGAGGGUUUUACGUACAGCAAAGCCAAUCAAGAUUCCGGUGUUAUGUGGACUCCGCAGGUACUUGACGUGUAUUUGGAGAAUCCAAAGAAAUUUAUGCCCGGCACUAAAAUGUCUUUUGCAGGUUUAAAGAAACCACAGGAACGCGCCGACCUCAUCGCAUACCUCGAGACAUUAAAGGACUAA